CCAUAGUCGCUGACAUUAGUGGCAUGGAACAGAUUGAACGAACGUGUCUGGAAUCUUCUCCGUGGCUGUCGUGUUUGGCUGUUCGUGAGAGUUGUUUACAAUCUGAUAUCCCGCAUAUCCCGAUUUUGAUCGAGGAUAUUCCUCGAUACGCGUCCUUACCUGAUUAUAGAGAGAAUUGUAUACAGACCAUACAAACAAUUGGUGAGAUUGUACCCAUCACAGCGCGAGUUGCGCAUUUACAAAGUAUUUCGUCAGAUCGCGAGGCAAGAAUUACUCUUAAUCUAGAGGAACUUCCUGUGCAUGCUCUUUAUUUCAAGGAUAGCAAGGGAAAGCACCUAUUUAUAUGGGUAAAGAAAUUAAUUUAAUAUUUAAAAAAUUUUUG